AUGCUCAUAAUGAAACGCUCUAUUAUAUUUCUCCCUCUUUUUUUCCUUUUCUUUCUUUCUACAUUUUUCGACUUUUGUCAUUCUCUUUCUGUCUGUCUAUCUCUCUUCUUUCUUUCUUUUUCUUUCUUUCUUUCUUUACAUUUACUAAGCUUAAAUUCAUAUAACACCAGACGCAGUAAAGGAAAAAAUAAGAGACUUAAAUUGGUUUCUUUCUUUCUUUCUUUCUUUCUUUCUUUCUUUCUUUCAUUUUUUCUUUCUUUCUUUCAUUUUUUCUUUCUUUCUUUCUUUCUUUCUUUCAUUUUUUCUUUCUUUCUUUCUUUCUUUCUUUCUUUCUUUCUUUCUUUCUUUCUUAAUCAUUUAAAUAUAUGCUUAUUUGUUUGUCUGUUUCUUUCUUCCUUUCUUUUCCCUGAUUUCUUAAAACACAAUUCUCUAUUGUCUUUCAUUUUCAUUUCUUUCUUUUGCUGCAGAUAUAUUAUUUCGGCUUUUUCUACUAAUCAUCUCCUUCCACAUCUUUUAAAAAAAUGCUUCCCCUUUCUUUACCAUCCACAACUCCAUUUUUAUUAG